GCGCAACUUGAUGCAUUUAUUGCAAUUUUAAGAUUUGACUAGGGCAGAAUAUUAUGGAAGAAGUUUAUUUUUGUCCAAUAAUAUCUUACACAUAAAAGCCUACUUUCUCAUAGCCGAGGGAGCUGAGCCGAAGUUCACGAACCAGUGUAAGAGAGUGAUGGAGCAAUAGAUGAAAGAGGGGUUUCUGCCUGAAAUCUCCUGCUCUUCAAUGUUUUUCCCGCUAAAAUUCCGAAUGAAAUGGAAAAUUAGAGCUGCGGAGAAUCGCCAUGGCUGAAAUAUCGUCUUGAGUGAAAAAUCUUUGGUUGUCGAUUUCAACAGCGUUGCCAAACAAACAACGUCCGUCCUUGUGGAUAAUCUUUUUCUGAUGCUGUUAUGCAGGAGAGCCUUGUUGUUGUUUUUGGUCUGGCAAUCCUAAGAUCGAGCGAGAAACUACUUCAAACUGUGAAGAUCGCUUGUACGAGUUCGCGCGCUUAGAAGGGCUGGAUGAGAUCGUGGAAAUCGCUACGAGCGAGGUUUCCUUCGUUGAUUGAUGCUGUUGUCGAAUCGAAGGACAAGACAAAGCUCGGAUCUUGAGAAAUCUCUGGUUCGAAUUCUUAUUUGAAGUUUCAAAUGUAGUGUUCUUGAACGCACUUUUGCGGGGGAAACAAAUUUGGCUUCGUUCCCGACUUUUGCGGGGAAUCGAAACAUCAACCCGUUCCAAUCGUCGACAUCGUUUCAGAGGGAAAGUAACUAGAAACUCGAGGAAUCCCUGGUGUGAAAAUUCCUCCUCUUCUUUACAUCUCAUCUAUUUUGUUUACACGAGCUUCAGAUAACGGAAAAGAAAAAAAAAUAAUACAAGACCUAAUUCUUUUCUCGACUUUCUUAGUUUGUUUUUGGAGGUUAUAGAGAGAGAGCAUCGCUGUGUAUACUGUUUCAGGCCUGGGUGUCUGAACGUCUCCGGUGGGCAUAAAACAAACUUCAAUACUUCACAUGUGUGUGAAAUAAACGUAAACCGUCAGUUCUUUUUGAUUUUUCCAGGAUAAAGAGGAGUUGAGGACGUUUAAGGUGGUUUAUUGCUACAAUCUCGAAUUAUCUAUUUCUUUUCUUGUUUUCCUCAUACUGAGGAUAGAAGGACGAAGACGUUUCGAUUUGGGGAAUCACAAAUUCACAACUGGAUUUCCUUUUUUUUCCCCUCAGCACGAGUACUUCGAGAUUAUUCGAGAAGAAAACUUGAAUUUCGAGACGAGAACUUCGCUAAUAUUUCUUUCUUCAGCGUUUCCUUUGCCUUCUGGUCGAUUGGACCGAUUGGCCAGUAUUAUGCAGAGACUUGGAUCUCUAUCGAUGUCAGUGGAGCUUAAACCACCAAUCCUAGUUAUCGAGUGUUGAUUGUUUCAAUCUCGAAAACGGUCGAAAACCGUUUCCUGUGGUCUUUUCUGGCCAGCGCUUGAAGAAGUGGUUAAUAUACUGGGAAGAGAACUGUGCGGCUUCUGUUGUUCGUUCUCCACUGUUUUGCGGUAAUGAUGGCUGUUGCGACAUACUGCAAUGAGUUUAAAGCUGGAAUGGACAACGGAAAAUAUGUCCGCUAUACCCCUGAGCAGGUCGAAGCGCUGGAAAGGUUCUAUCACGAAUGCCCCAAGCCCAGUUCCAUUCGUCGGCAACAACUAAUCAGAGAAUGCCCGAUUCUCUCCAAUAUUGAGCCCAAACAGAUUAAAGUCUGGUUUCAGAACCGAAGAUGUAGAGAGAAGCAGAGAAAAGAAGCUUUACGCCUUCAAGCUGUAAAUAGAAAGCUGACGGCCAUGAACAAACUUUUAAUGGAGGAGAACGACAGGUUGCAGAAGCAGGUGUCACAGCUGGUAUACGAGAAUAGCUACUUUCGCCAACAGACUCAGAAUACGACCCUUGCCACCACUGACGCAAGUUGUGAGUCGGUGGUUACCAAUGGUCAACACCAUCUAACGCCUCAACAUCUGCCAAGGGAUGCUAGUCCUGCAGGACUUUUGUCUAUUGCGGAGGAGACUUUAACAGAGUUUCUUUCAAAGGCCACUGGAACUGCUGUGGAGUGGGUCCAAAUGCCUGGGAUGAAGCCUGGUCCGGAUUCCGUAGGAAUCGUUGCUAUUUCUCAUGGUUGCACUGGUGUGGCAGCACGUGUCUGUGGCUUGGUAGGACUCGAGCCUACCAGGGUUGCAGAAAUCCUCAAAGAUCGGCCUUCUUGGUUUCGUGAUUGCCGAGCUGUGGAUGUCUUAAAUGUGCUGCCAACUGGAAAUGGUGGAACCAUUGAGCUGCUUUAUAUGCAGCUAUACGCGCCUACAACUUUGGCACCUCCUCGUGACUUCUGGUUGCUGCGCUACACUUCUGUUUUGGAUGAUAGUAGUCUUGUGGUCUGUGAAAGAUCACUUAGCAAUACUCAGGGUGGUCCGAGCAUGCCAAUAGUGCAACAUUUUGUGAGGGCAGAAAUGCUACCAAGUGGGUAUCUCAUAAGACCCUGUGAAGGGGGAGGGUCGAUAAUACACAUUGUUGAUCAUAUGGAUUUGGAGGCAUUUAGUGUACCUGAAGUUUUGCGUCCACUCUAUGAAUCAUCAACCAUUCUUGCUCAAAGGGCAACAAUGGCGGCUUUACGCCAGCUGAGACAGAUCGCUCAAGAAGUUUCUCGGUCAACUGUCACAGGUUGGGGAAGAAGGCCUGCAGCUCUACGAGCACUCAGCCAGAGGCUUAGUAGGGGUUUCAAUGAAGCUCUUAAUGGUUUUACAGAUGAGGGAUGGUCCAUGAUGGGAAAUGAUGGCUUAGAUGAUGUGACCAUCCUUUUAAAUUCAUCCCCUGGCAAAAUAAUGGGUGCUAAUCUUGCCUUUGCAAAUGGAUUUCCAGUUAUGAACAAUGCUAUCCUAUGUGCUAAGGCAUCCAUGCUUUUACAGAAUGUACCUCCUGCAAUACUUCUCAGGUUCCUGCGAGAACACCGAUCAGAGUGGGCAGACAGUAAUAUUGAUGCUUACUCAGCUGCAGCUCUUAAAGUUGGGUCCUGUAGCAUGCCAGUGUUUCGAGUUGCAAGUUUUGGAGGCCAGGUUAUUCUUCCACUGGCUCACACAAUUGAGCAUGAAGAGUUCUUAGAGAUCAUUAAAUUGGAAAGUGUUGGUCCUUGUCAGGACAACUCAGUCAUGCCAAAUGACGUGUUUCUAUUGCAACAUUAUAGCGGUGUGGAUGAGAAUGCUGUUGGCAUGUGUUCCGAACUCAUAUUUGCCCCCAUUGAUGCCGCCUUUUCUGAUGAUGCACCUCUUCUACCUUCUGGAUUCCGGAUUAUCCCUCUUGACUCAGGGGUGGAUGCCUCAAGUCCAAAUCGCACACUGGACCUUGCUUCUGCUCUUGAGGUUGGGGCUACUGGAAGUAGAGUAUCUGGUGAUUAUUCUGGGAACAGCAACAGCACGAGAUCUGUGAUGACAAUAGCAUUUCAGUUUCCAUUUGAGAGCCAUUUGCAUGAAAACGUUGCAUCCAUGGCUCGGCAAUAUGUUCGCAGCAUUAUAUCAUCUGUUCAGAGAGUAGCUCUGGCCCUCUCGCCAUCUCAUCUUAGCUCUCACUCUGGCCUUCGACCACCACCAGGAACUCCUGAAGCACACACACUUGCCUGUUGGAUUUGCCGUAGCUAUAGGAACUAUUUGGGUAUGGAACUGCUCAAACCCAGCAAUGAAGGAAGUGAAUCCAUUCUUAAAACAUUGUGGCAUCACCAGGAUGCUAUAAUGUGCUGCACUUUGAAGGCAUUACCAGUUUUCACCUUUGCAAAUCAGGCAGGUUUGGACAUGCUUGAGACAACUUUAGUUGCACUACAAGACAUAACUCUGGAGAAGAUAUUUGAUGACCAUGGACGAAAGACUCUCAGCUUAGAGUUCCCACAGAUAAUGCAGCAGGGGUUUGCUUGCCUCCAGGGUGGUAUUUGUCUCUCAAGCAUGGGCAGGCCAGUCUCCUAUGAGAGAGGAAUUGCUUGGAAAGUGCUGAACGAAGAAGAAAAUUCUCACUGCAUUUGCUUUUUGUUCGUCAACUGGUCUUUUAUCUGAUGACUCUGAUUCAAUGUUCCGACCAAGCAGAUCAACAGUAAGAACGAAGAGUGAAAGAACCCGAACCUUAUUAUUUCUUUUUCCAUUUUGUUUACCUCUUGAUCUUUAUUUAUGGAGAUCCUAGAAUAACCUCAUUAUUGAGUUUCUAAUGUGAGCUUCAGUUGAAUCUAGGCCCUGUUUUUGUUAACCCACUUUUUUCAGGUUGUUCCUUUGCUUUAUGGGUCUUGAGUCUCUGCUUGUUCCGAGCCCUUCUCUCCCCCCUUUUGUAUCCAGCACCCCGGAUGGCGAGGGUCAAUGUCAACUUAUCUGAUACUCUGAUGGCCCUUUUCUGAUAGCCCACAAUGUCCCACAGCACAUCCCCACUGUGUAUUGGGAACAUCUCACGAUAGUACCAGAACUGAUGAUGUCAUCAUCGGGAGAAUCUACAUUACUCGAAUUGUGAUAGAUUCACCCAUCUGUCACCGUCUUAGCUGUACAAACCUAUAAAAAUUUGUGAGGUGGAAGAAUCUAUAAAAACUAUCCAUUUUAAGAAUA